CUGACAUUCUCGCGAGAUCAAACAUGGUGGUCACCGGUAACAAAUUUUCUAAAUCUCUGAAGUUUUUAGCGAAUUUACACCUCUAGUUAGUUCAGAUAUAAAGGACAAUGGCUAGCGACGAUGCCAUUAGAGCUACAAAUGAUGAGGCGUCGAUGUGUAAACGCUUUGCAGUUCAGCAAGGCUACUGGAAUGAUCCUUAUAUAAAAUACUUCAUUCGCAGUUCUGACAGAAAACCACCAGAUAUCAAUCGGGGAUAUUUCGCGAGAGUGAAAGGUGUCCAUUGCCUAUUGAAUCAAUUUCUACAGGCUACCAAAUGUAAAUGCCAAGUUGUCAGUCUUGGGGCUGGAUAUGAUACAACCUAUUGGAAUCUUCAGGAAUCUAAUAUGCAACCAGAAAGAUACAUUGAAAUGGACUUUGAGAACGUGACAUCACACAAAUGUCAUUUUAUAAAGUCAAGAAAGCCACUCUUGGAGAAAAUAGCAACAAAAGAUGGUGAGAUCAGAUUCAGCAAGACAGAUCUUCAUGCUGACAAUUACCAUAUUGUUGCUGUUGACUUAAGGAACCUAAUUGAAGUUGAAACAAAGCUUAAAGAGUCUGGCUUUGAUAAUGACAUACCUACAAUAUUCAUAGCAGAGUGUGUCCUGGUUUAUAUGGAGAGUGAAAAAUCGAAUGCAAUCAUAAAAUGGAUCGCUGACAAUGUUAAGACUGCUUACUUUGUAAAUUAUGAACAGGUAAACAUGGGGGACAGGUUUGGUCACGUUAUGUUGGAUAAUCUCAGAUCAAGGCAAUGUGGGCUUCCAGGCACUGAUGUAUGUCAAACUAUUGAUACUCAACAGAACAGAUUCACUAGUCAAGGUUGGACUUCUGCAGAGGCAUGGGAUAUGAACACUGUAUAUAGCAACUUGCCACAAAAAGAAAUACAAAGGAUUGAAAAGCUAGAGUUCCUGGAUGAAAGAGAGUCAUUUGAGCAACUAUUACACCACUACUGCUUGUGCUGGGCAUAUAUAGAUGGUGCUGGUGUUGGACUAGAAAAUAUCAGUGUUGUCAAUGCAACUUGAUAAAAAAAAUUAUCAGAUAUUUAUAUACAGCUUUUAUAUACAGAUAUAAGACGAUUUAACUAUAGUACAUCCCCAGUAAAUAUGCCAAAUAGAAGCUUGCCUAUGUAAAUGAACUGAAGGAUUGUCUUGAAAUAAUAUGUCUUUUGGGCUGUAGGGUGUACUCAUUUACAAGUUUAUGUUUCACCUUGACAUUUCAUUCUUAUUCUCACAG